GAGCUGCGUGGGGUGAGGCAGGAGGAGAGGGGCCCUGCGGCAGGAGGGGCUCAUAGGUCCCCUCUGUGUGUAGAGGCAGGUCAGUAUGUGCCUCCCUGGGCUGGUGUCUCCUUGAGCAGCUCCGUGCACCCCAAGGACCUGCAGCCACCCGGCACCGUGAGGCACUUCUGUCCCAGCAAUGUUCUUGCUGAAGUCACUGGAAGGGUUUUUUCUAUUAGCCUCCCUGGAGUGGGAUUGUCCCUUUGCAAGGAACAAGGCAGGCAGAGGAGGCCCAUGAAUGUUUGUUAUUCCUGGGUUGCGCAUAGAAAAAAAGUGGAGAAAUAUGUGCAAAACAGCAGCUUCUGUCCUAGAGGAGGAAUAGAGCUUUGCCCAGUGCUUCCCACUCCACCCGCGCUUGGCCAGGGUAGAGGCUGCCCUUCCUGCUCCUCCAGCCCCUGAGCAAGAGUGGCCGUACCUCUGAGUCACGAUGGGCAAGAUGGACAACACCUCCGUAGAGCUGAACUCUCCCUCUGAGCUGAAGCAGGCAGCCCUGGAGGAAUCAGAGCCCAUCGCCCCGGAGGCUGUGAGCACCAAGAAGAAGAAGGAGAUCCCAGACAGAGGUUCCUGGAAGGGGAGAUUUGACUUCUUGCUGUCCUGUGUGGGCUAUGCCAUUGGGCUGGGCAAUGUCUGGCGCUUCCCGUAUCUCUGCGGCAAGAACGGAGGAGGGGCCUUCCUCAUCCCCUAUUUCCUGACACUGGUGUUUGCUGGGAUUCCUCUCUUCCUGCUGGAAACCGCUCUGGGCCAGUAUACCUCUGUUGGCGGACUGGGAGUCUGGAAAUUAGCACCCAUGUUUAAAGGAGUGGGGCUGGCAGCUGUGGUUCUUUCCUUCUGGCUGAACAUCUACUACAUUGUCAUCAUUGCCUGGGCUCUCUACUAUCUCUUCAACUCUUUCACCACGGACCUGCCAUGGCAGAGCUGUGGAAAUGCCUGGAACACCGACCGCUGCUUCUCCAACUACUCCCUGGGCGACACCACCAACCUCACCAGCGCCGUCACCGAGUUCUGGGAGAGGAACAUGCACCAGAUGUCUGGGGACCUGGGGGAGCCCGGCACCAUCCGCUGGCCCCUGGCCGGCACACUGGCCCUGGCCUGGCUGCUGGUCUACUUCUCCAUCUGGAAGGGCGUGGAGUGGACAGGCAAGGUGGUGUAUUUCUCAGCCACCUACCCCUACUUCAUGCUUUUCAUCCUCUUCUUCCGGGGAGUCACGCUGCCGGGAGCCAAGGAGGGGAUCCUCUUCUACCUCACGCCUGACUUCAGAAAGCUCUCUGACUCCGAGGUCUGGAUGGACGCAGCCACACAGAUCUUCUUCUCUUACGGCCUGGGUCUGGGGUCCCUGAUCGCUCUGGGGAGCUACAACACUUUCCACAACAAUGUCUACAGAGACUCCAUUAUUGUCUGCUGUAUAAACUCCACCACAAGCAUAUUUGCUGGAUUUGUUAUUUUCUCUAUUGUUGGCUUCAUGUCGCACAUCACGAAGAAGUCGAUCUCAGAGCUGGCCUCCUCAGGCCCUGGACUGGCUUUCCUCGCCUACCCACAGGUCGUCACACAGCUGCCCCUGUCCCCGCUCUGGUCGAUCCUCUUCUUCUCCAUGCUGAUGAUGUUGGGUCUGGAUAGUCAGUUCUGCACUGUGGAAGGGUUCAUUACAGCCCUGAUGGAUGAGUAUCCUCAUGUCCUGAGAGCCAGGAAGAAGGUCUUCAUCGCAGUAGUCUGUUUCAUCUCUUAUCUCAUUGGAUUCUCCAACAUCACCCAGGGUGGGAUUUAUGUCUUCAAGCUGUUUGAUUACUACUCAGCCAGUGGCAUGUGUCUUCUCUUUCUUGUCUUCUUUGAGACCAUCUCAAUUUCUUGGUGUUAUGGUGUAAACAGGUUUUACAGGAACAUUGAAGAAAUGAUUGGCUACAAACCUUGCAUCUGGUGGAAGAUCUGCUGGGCUUUCUUCACUCCUCUUGUCUGCCUGGGUGUGUUCUUCUUCAGUGUGGUGGAAAUGACCCCUCUGACACUGGGAAAAUACGUCUAUCCCGCAUGGGGACAAGGCAUUGGUUGGCUUAUGGCUCUGUCCUCCAUGGUACUGAUUCCAGGAUACAUGCUGUACUGUUUCUUCACCUCAACGGGGAGUCUCCGGCAGCGUUUGCAGCAGAUGACACAGCCCAAGCCAGAGGUGCACACUCAGAACAACGGCCUCCAGCCGAAGAUGUCCUUGAACGGGAGGGUCUUGGAUGCCACCGUCUAGGAGGAGAGCCCAGACCUCCUCGCCCUGCCCCGUAGCUGCUCGCACCAUGUUGUCCCUUCAGCUCCUCCGGCACAGCUCGCUGUCCCUGGCUCCACGGUGGCUUUCGCUUGUCGAAGAGAGGACCUGGCAGAGGAACCCUCUCGCAUCUCCUCCUCCUGGCCCAGCCUACCAAGGCCCUGCACAAGCUGCUGCCAGGGCGUUGUGCGGUGACCGUCUUCAUCCUGCAACAUCCUGGUCCAGGCUCUCGGGGAGGAGCAGCCGGUGCCCAGGUCUUCCUCCUCCUGACGAGAGGUGGUGUUUCUAGAGAGCUUAGACUGAUCGCUGAUCAAUUGUUCUUCUUGCCUUUCCAUGUGAACCUCCGCAGAGCAUCCCAUAGCACACAGCUGUGCUGUCACCCCAGAGAGCCAGCUGACACCAGGUUCAAAUCCCAGACGGCUGGCGAUUGAUCUAGCGUAAACCAACACUAGCAAAUGCAUAACUGGAGGGGAUGUGGCAGAAUGAGGCAUUCCAUUGAGGAGUCCAGCGUGCUAGUAGCUGUAGGACAUCGCCCCAAAACUGGUGCCCCAAAAGGGCAUCAGGACAGUGUGUGCUGCUCACAGGUGCUGUGGUUCAGCCCUGUGCAGUCUCCAGCCAUCUUCACCGCAUCCAUUGGGGCUGGCACUGUAGCAGAGGCACUGCCUAGCAGAGUAGGCAGCCUUUUUCUUCUGGAACGUCCUGCCCUCUGCAGCUGUGUGCAGUAGCCACUCCCUGAUCCUAAAAUGCAGUUUAAAGGGUACGUGGAGGGCUCUUUGCCAGAGGCUGUCCGAGUCUCCUGCACUGACCACUGUCUGCUGCAAUCAGCUUUGUGCAGAGGCAAGAGGUCUGCUGCGUGACGAGGAGACUUUCCAGCUCUGUGCAAAUCUCCCCUGCAGCUGGAACGGGGUGGUUCCUGCCAAACACCCUCCCUGGCUGUGUCCCCGGGUGGGAAGCAAUAAGAUGCAGCAUAGUGCCCACGGGUGGUUUAGCUUAUGCCUUUUUUGGGAAGUGGCAACACCUAAAUCCCAGCCGGUGGAAGGCAGGAGCUCCUAGGGGAGCUGAUAGGAUGUAGCCACCAUGCUUAAAGCCGCCCCUGUGAACCAGUGCUAACUUCCCUUGGGAAGUGUCUGUACAGGCAGCUGCUGGUGCUGGCACAUCCUGACUCCUAGCACACACAUCACAGGAGGCCGUGAGCUGUUGUACAUGAUGCUGGAGGAAUGUAUAACACCUCAGAGAAGGCUGGCAAGUGUUGCAGAGCAGUCCUAAAGCAGCAGCAUAUUUCUUGGUUAUGAAGCCUUGAGAAAGGAGGUGGUUCAUCAUAGCACGAUGUGCAGGUGUGACAGUGAUGCUCCCAUUUGUGACAGCCUCCCAAUGACCCCAUGUGGAGAUACCCAUGUACUUGGAACAUUUGAUGAGCACCCAUCAUACAUGUGCACGCACAGUGUGACAGUGCAAAUUCGUCUCUCCCCUCCCUUAGCACCCUGACAGCGUUCCCAGGUCUACUCGCACUCCCAGGUUCAGUUCAGAAUCAACAAAUUCAUAAAUAAGUGUCCAAGAAAAGGUACGUCCCACUCACACUUCCUACCAAAGGGCCUGGUCUUGUAGGUGACCGGCUGAAGUCCCCGGAGGGUCCUGCCGCAGGUGCCAGCUGAGUGAUGAGCCUUUGCACAAUUGCCCUGCACUCCGACAGGCGCUGCAAAAGGAUGUGGGUUGCCCUGUGCUGCCUGUCCCUGGGACCAGCCGGUGCAUGGGCCCAGCCCGCUCUUCCACUGGUCUCCCAGCCUGAGGAUCAGUAAUGUAAAGAGGAAAGGAGUUGUCUGGUUAAAGCUGAAGUCAGUCACCUUUGGGGUUGGUUCCCCUGCCAACUCGCUAAUGCAUCUUGAUUAAUUUUGCUUUAGAUGUGUAACCAAUUUGUAUUUAUACAUGUGGCACAUCCUGUGUCCUGGCUCUUGAGUGCAUGUUUUGCAGUCUCCAACAUCACAAGCUGAGAUCAUGCCCUGUCCCGCACCUAAUCAUUAGGGUGUUUGUGUCAAAAAAAUCGCAGCUGUUAAACAGACAUGAGGAAACGCUGAAUUUACAGGCUUGGUCUUGUAAAGCCGAACACCAAACACUGAAAGCUGCAAUCAUAGUUCAUCAUAAUUAAUCUCAGCCAGUCACAGACAUGUCAUCUUUCCUUGUGCCAUAAUUGCCAGCGCUAGCAUAGCUGAAAUUUUCUAUUCCAUUUUUCACCUAUUUUUAUAAACUGGGGAAUAAAGGAGAUCACUCUUUA